UCUCUCUCCCUUCCCCGACUUGACGUCACCGUCCAUUCGGAAGACAGCUCCACCUGGUACCCAACAUGGCUUCCGGGAGGAUAGUGGCCUAUUGAUGCAGUGGCACAACAUUAGGAUUGUCUCUUAGUGCCGGCAUUUCCUUCACUCCUGCAUCUUCUAUCGGGAUAGUAUACAGAAUGCUAUGGCAGAAUAUCCGAAGGAGAUACAUGCAUGUCUUCCAGGUUCUGAUUCUGAUGGUGUAGAAAAUCAAAUUACAAGACAGAAUAGGUUUACUGUAAAUCCAAGCAUUGAUAUGCACCAAAGAGAACAGGAUACGUCUGAUGGCAUACAAGUAGAAACUUUUGAUAUUUCUGUAAAUGAUGAUAGAGAAAGAUAUAAUUUGCAUCAUGAUACUGCAGUUGAACUUACAGAUGACAUAGGUAGGACUUCCAGAAAUAGCAAUAUGAUUACUAGUGCAACACAAACAAGUGAUACUGAUUGUCAGAGAGAUGUUCAUCAUUCAGAACCAGAAUGUUCUUCUGGAUCAUCCAUGUUAUCAUUGUCUUCCAUUUAUCAAGGAGAAUGGCCUAUUGAUGGUAAUGAUAGAGUAUUGUGGGUUAGUGGACCAAGCUGUAUAGGUGAGAAGGAUUCUCUUGGUGGCUUUAUUAAUCAAGAUACAUGUAGCAUCAUGAGUUUCAGCAGCACAGGAAUGACUUCCAGUUCAAUGAAUGCACGUCGUUUUCAUGCCCAUCAGUUAGGGACCAAAGUUGAAAUGGUUUAUUCUCUAUUAUCAAUGCUUGGAACACAUGGUAAAGAAGAUAUGAGUAGAACCUUAUUAGAAAUGUCUAGUUCACAAGAUAGUUGUAUUGCAAUGAGACAAUCAGGUUGUCUGCCACUGUUAAUUCAGUUGUUGCAUGGUGGAGAAAGAGACACUUCUAUUGAUGAAGAUCACCGUUUAUUUAGGCAAGUUGUUCGUGAUGCAAGAAGACGUGCAAGUCAGGCAUUACACAACAUUGUACAUGCCCAUCCAGAUGACAAAAGAGGGCGACGUGAAGCAAGAGUCUUGCGUCUGUUAGAACAGAUCAGGGAUUAUUGUGAUCUAUUGAGAGACAUUGACUCAGGAUUUGUGGAAGACAAUAAUAAUAAUACUAUUGAUCAGCAUCCAGGACCAGCAAUUGCUGCAUUAAUGAAGUUAUCUUUUGAUGAAGAACAUAGACAUGCAAUGUGCCAAUUAGGUGGUCUUCAAGCAAUUGCUGAAUUGAUUCAAAUUGAUCAUGAAGUUCAUGGAAAUACUAGCAACCAAUAUUGUGUUACAAUUAGACGAUAUGCUGGCAUGGCAUUGACAAAUUUAACUUUUGGUGAUGGUACCAAUAAAGCUUUAUUAUGUUCAAUGAAAAAUUUUAUGCAUGCUUUGGUUGCACAAUUACAUUCUCCAAGUGAAGAUCUUAGACAGGUAACGGCAAGUGUAUUACGAAACUUAUCAUGGAGAGCAGAUACAGCAAGUAAACAAAUGCUUAGAGAAGUGGGAGCUGUUGUAACAUUAAUGAAAGCUGCAAUGAGUGCAACUAAAGAAUCAAUUUUGAAAAGUAUACUCUCAGCACUGUGGAAUCUUUCUGCACAUUGCACUAUGAAUAAAGCUGAUAUAUGUGCUGUUGAUGGAGCAUUAGCAUUUUUAGUUAGUACACUCACAUAUAAAAGUUCUUCCAAAACUUUAGCUAUUAUAGAAAAUGGUGGUGGAAUUCUUAGAAACAUUUCAAGUCAUAUUGCUGUAAAAGAAGAAUAUCGUACAAUUCUUCGUAAUCAUAAUUGUCUUCAAUUGCUCCUACAACAAUUAAAAUCACCUAGCUUAACUGUUGUUAGUAAUGCUUGUGGGACUUUAUGGAAUCUUUCAGCAAGAUGUUCUGAAGACCAGCAAGCACUUUGGGAAAUGGGUGCAGUAAGCAUGCUUCGAAACUUAGUUCACUCAAAACACAAAAUGAUAUCAAUGGGUAGUUCAGCAGCAUUACGAAAUCUCUUAUCUGCAAGACCUGCAGGAAUGACAUUAGGACUCAGUAGAAGCAUGAAUGGAACACAGCAGUGUAAUGGUAAAACCAACAUGCCUAUGCUUUAUGUAAGAAAGCAGAGAGCUUUAGAAGCAGAAAUAGAUCAGAAUCUUUCUGAGACUUGCGAUAAUAUAGAUAGUCCUAAAACAAGUCCAACUCAUCUUGUAACAGAAAAUAGAUUUACUUUUGGUUGUCAAAGUAAUAAACAAGACCAGUGCCAAUAUAUGGGUUAUUUACCUGGACGAAUGUAUCUUAGUAUAAAUGGAUAUAUAUCAUCCCCUGAUGGAGUAUCUCGUUCUGAAAGUCGUGAUAGUAUUGGAAGUACACACUCUGAGCCAUUACCUCCACACCUGAUGAAGAAUUCAUAUCAAAUAUUUGCUAAAAGUGCAAGAUUAAUGUUAUUAAAUCAGAGGCAUCGAAGGUCAUCACUUGAGUUUCAGUCUAUAGAAAACUCAGCUCCAAAAAUGGACCAUAAUAAUUACAUGUCAGUUUUUCCAAGCCAUCCAUCAAGAAUUGAUGAGAUUAGAAGGGUAUCUGGGAGUAAUGUUCAUGCAUCCAGUGAAGAAUUGUAUAAAUCACUACCAAGACCAAAUUCUCUUCCUUCUGUUAGAAGAGAAUCAGCUGACAUGAUGAACAGUGAAAGUCCAUUCAGACGUGUUCAUAGUAAUGGUAUUCAUCAUGACAUGUUAUCAACAGGUAUGUCAAGAUCAAAAUUUUAUCCCACUCACAGACGUCUCAAUAGUUAUGUAGAAAAUGAUGCUUAUAGAGGUGAAUAUAAUGUUAGUGAUUAUUAUGCAUUAUCAAAUGAUAAACUAAGAAAGAAAAGUGUUCAAGUUAAUAAUUAUUUGACAAAUUAUAAUUCUAUGUCAUCUACAAUUUCAAAGAACAUUUCUUGUAGACAAGAAGCAAAUGAUGAAAGAAAAUUAUUUGAUAUACCAUUUCGUUAUUAUAAAACUCCACAUUUACAAAAAAAUAGAGAUGAAACUAGUAUUAACCAGUGUAGAGGUGAAGCUGAUUUAAAUGAAAAAUAUUUUGAUGCCAGUUUUAAAAAUCAGUUGAGAUUAUCACCAGAGUUGUCAAAUUACAUAAAUUCCAGAAAUGAUUUUAUAUCUGAUGAUAAAAAGUUAGAAAUAGAUUCACCUUAUAUUGAAAGGAGGCAUCCCAUGCAAGAAUACAAAACAGUUGAGCAUGGAAAUACCUUUGGUUCAGAUAAAGGUAAGAUACACAUUUUCAAUAAAGUAACGGCAAGUGUAUUACGAAACUUAUCAUGGAGAGCAGAUACAGCAAGUAAACAAAUGCUUAGAGAAGUGGGAGCUGUUGUAACAUUAAUGAAAGCUGCAAUGAGUGCAACUAAAGAAUCAAUUUUGAAAAGUAUACUCUCAGCACUGUGGAAUCUUUCUGCACAUUGCACUAUGAAUAAAGCUGAUAUAUGUGCUGUUGAUGGAGCAUUAGCAUUUUUAGUUAGUACACUCACAUAUAAAAGUUCUUCCAAAACUUUAGCUAUUAUAGAAAAUGGUGGUGGAAUUCUUAGAAACAUUUCAAGUCAUAUUGCUGUAAAAGAAGAAUAUCGUACAAUUCUUCGUAAUCAUAAUUGUCUUCAAUUGCUCCUACAACAAUUAAAAUCACCUAGCUUAACUGUUGUUAGUAAUGCUUGUGGGACUUUAUGGAAUCUUUCAGCAAGAUGUUCUGAAGACCAGCAAGCACUUUGGGAAAUGGGUGCAGUAAGCAUGCUUCGAAACUUAGUUCACUCAAAACACAAAAUGAUAUCAAUGGGUAGUUCAGCAGCAUUACGAAAUCUCUUAUCUGCAAGACCUGCAGGAAUGACAUUAGGACUCAGUAGAAGCAUGAAUGGAACACAGCAGUGUAAUGGUAAAACCAACAUGCCUAUGCUUUAUGUAAGAAAGCAGAGAGCUUUAGAAGCAGAAAUAGAUCAGAAUCUUUCUGAGACUUGCGAUAAUAUAGAUAGUCCUAAAACAAGUCCAACUCAUCUUGUAACAGAAAAUAGAUUUACUUUUGGUUGUCAAAGUAAUAAACAAGACCAGUGCCAAUAUAUGGGUUAUUUACCUGGACGAAUGUAUCUUAGUAUAAAUGGAUAUAUAUCAUCCCCUGAUGGAGUAUCUCGUUCUGAAAGUCGUGAUAGUAUUGGAAGUACACACUCUGAGCCAUUACCUCCACACCUGAUGAAGAAUUCAUAUCAAAUAUUUGCUAAAAGUGCAAGAUUAAUGUUAUUAAAUCAGAGGCAUCGAAGGUCAUCACUUGAGUUUCAGUCUAUAGAAAACUCAGCUCCAAAAAUGGACCAUAAUAAUUACAUGUCAGUUUUUCCAAGCCAUCCAUCAAGAAUUGAUGAGAUUAGAAGGGUAUCUGGGAGUAAUGUUCAUGCAUCCAGUGAAGAAUUGUAUAAAUCACUACCAAGACCAAAUUCUCUUCCUUCUGUUAGAAGAGAAUCAGCUGACAUGAUGAACAGUGAAAGUCCAUUCAGACGUGUUCAUAGUAAUGGUAUUCAUCAUGACAUGUUAUCAACAGGUAUGUCAAGAUCAAAAUUUUAUCCCACUCACAGACGUCUCAAUAGUUAUGUAGAAAAUGAUGCUUAUAGAGGUGAAUAUAAUGUUAGUGAUUAUUAUGCAUUAUCAAAUGAUAAACUAAGAAAGAAAAGUGUUCAAGUUAAUAAUUAUUUGACAAAUUAUAAUUCUAUGUCAUCUACAAUUUCAAAGAACAUUUCUUGUAGACAAGAAGCAAAUGAUGAAAGAAAAUUAUUUGAUAUACCAUUUCGUUAUUAUAAAACUCCACAUUUACAAAAAAAUAGAGAUGAAACUAGUAUUAACCAGUGUAGAGGUGAAGCUGAUUUAAAUGAAAAAUAUUUUGAUGCCAGUUUUAAAAAUCAGUUGAGAUUAUCACCAGAGUUGUCAAAUUACAUAAAUUCCAGAAAUGAUUUUAUAUCUGAUGAUAAAAAGUUAGAAAUAGAUUCACCUUAUAUUGAAAGGAGGCAUCCCAUGCAAGAAUACAAAACAGUUGAGCAUGGAAAUACCUUUGGUUCAGAUAAAGGUGUUACAUAUAGAAGUAGUGAACUUAGUUGCAUGGAUGAUACUCCUCUCAUGUUUUCACCUUGCAGUUCUCAGUCUUCACUCAGUAGUUUUGAACAACAUUCCAUUCAUGAUGACCGUAGUUCAAUUAUUAGUGAUAUUAGUCACAGAAAUAGCCUUGUCUUGUCACCUAGUGAUCUUCCAGAAUCUCCUGGUUUUGCAAGACCAUCUACACCCAACACCUUAAAACAGCCCAUUUCUCAGUUUACUGAUGUAGCUCCUCGACCAGAUUUGGAUGGUAUUAUUUGUCCUAUUCCAUCUGCUCCAAAAUGUUACCGACCAAAUUCAUCUACUGAUAUGGCCAACUACAACACUAGUGAUGAUAAACUUUCCAGUAAUGAACCUUUAUUCAGAAAAAUGUCAGCAAGAAAUAAAAAAUUCAAACAUAAGGUUUAUAGUGAUUCUGAAAUAUUAGACUUUAAACUAACUCCUCCUACAAUAAAUGAAAGGAUUAAUUAUUCUUCAUAUCGUGCUCAGUCUUCAGAAUCUUUAGUUUCUAGUCAAAGAAAAAUGGAACUUAAUAAAGAAGAAUUUAAUAGAAGAAAAAUUGAAUAUAAUAAUAUAUUUCAUUCCAAAAAAUAUGACACUGACAUUGGUUCAAUAAAUAAUGCCAAAUUUCAAUCAAGUGGUGGUAUGUUUUAUGAUGGCAUCAGUCAUAAUUCCUAUUCAAUGCAUUCUGUGGAACCUCAUUCAUCACUACCAAUUGCCAGUAGAAGGUUAUCAUGUCAAGAUGUUGAAGUGCAAAGUGAAACUACAAUUCCACCUCCUCUUCCUCCUCCACCACCACCACCACCUCCACCACCACUGCCUCUGUCUUCUCAGAAGAAUGGUUUACAUUUGUCAUAUAAUUUUUCAUAUACUCCAAAUGAUAUAAAACCUUUGAGAUCUUCCAAAUCUAAUGGUAUAAUCACAACUGCUCAUAUGGAUUCUUCGCAAAAAGUUAUUAAUAAUUUAGAAGCAUCUUUUAAUUCUUUCCCUAAAAGUUUUGAUAACUUUAUAAAAGAACCAGUUACAUCCAAUGGAGAUCUAGCAUUUCAAAAAAUUGCAUCUUCUGAAGCUUCAAAAAAUUUAGAAAAAGAAUUAAGUCAUAAAAUUAAUGGAAUUUCCCAAAAUAAAGACAUGGAUAAAAAAUUAACUGUAGAUGUGAGGAAACAAAGAGUAUCUGGAAUAAAUGAUUAUGAGGAGAAAUGGAAGAAAGAUGAACAGUUACAAGAAAAGUUAAUACCUGGUACCUGUAAAAACUAUAAUAGUGAAAGUGGUGAAUCACAAAAAUUACAACCUAAUUUAGUAAAACCUAUGAAUGGUAAUAGAACAAAUUACUCUAAUCUUACUACCAAACAUAGUAGUACUUCUUCUAAUAGUUCUCCUGAAGGUAUCAGUUCAAACAAUAGUCAUAAAGAUAUAAGUGAUGCAUCAAAAAUAAGAAGAGAGGCCAAGAAAAUUGCCGAAAAAGUUGAAGCCGAAGGAGAAAACAUAGUGGAUGAAUUAACACAAAGCAGUGUUAGUUGCAUAUCAGAUAUUGAUAAUGUUCUUCCUCCUUCAGUUAUGGGAGAUGGUCUUUCUUUAAGUAUGACAAGUAGCGGUUUAUCAGACGUAUUAUCUUCGACAAACAAUGGGAAAAUAUCAGGAGAAAGAAGGCCCAGUCUCAAAAAGUCUAGAAAAAGUAUGAGAAAUCGUGCUUACUUGCACGAUACCGUCCGACAUAAUCUCCAUAUCGACGUUAUGAAGAUAAGUUCUGGAUCAGAAAUUUUAGAGGCAGUGCAGCCACCAUCGGGCAUGGAUUCUGUCGAAAAUUUAAGUUUGAAAAGCAGCGAAACUUCGGAUAAUGUCUUAGAUAACGUGAAUCCACCAUCAGUAAUGGAUGAAUUAUCUAUGACUGGAAGUUGCGCCAGUUUAAAUAGUAUUAGCUCAGAUAUUUUAGAGAGCAAAUCUCAUUCCGUAACUGAUGCACCAAAUGGUAAAAGUAACAACUCUGAAAUGUUUGAACGUCUUAAUGCUGCUGCUGCUAUGGUGCAAGUUUAUUCAAGAGAAUUAUCGAAUAUUAUGACCGGUAGUAUGAAGAGUAGUUACAAUUCAGAUAUUAUAGAUCAAGUAAAACCUCCUUCCGCAUUUCAGGAGAUUACAGAGGUCACAGCCGAAGAUGGUACAGAAGUUGCUUCGGAUACUUUAGCUUCGGAUACAGAGCUAGAAGAAGAAUUACCCCACGAUGACGAUGCCUCUGUUCCUUCUUGUGAAACUGUUCAGGCAUUUCAUUUGUCUAAAAUUGGGAAGGAACAGAUCGAAGGAAGCACGGAAAAUCUAGUCAGUACAAUUCGUGAAGAAUUGGUAGUUACGAAUAGAUAUAAAAGGAAGAAAGUGGCAAAAGCCAAAAUAUUUCCAAAGAAAGAAGACAUAACUGCCGAAGAAGCGUUAGCUUUACAGGAAAAUGCUAAACUUGUUGUGUCUACAAUUCACGAAAUUAAAAAUAAAACUACUACAAACGAUAUGAUAGAAGAUGAAAUUAUGUCAUUAGUUUCGAUUGAAUCAGAAGAUAAUCCCAAAACUGAACGAAAAGGUGCAAGAAUAGUAAAACCAAUUAAUAGAGAGACUAUUCGACAGAUGCAGGAGAAAAAGAUUUCGGAAAAAUCAAAAGGUAUCAGAGGAAGAGCGUCCGUACGAUCGGACAUUAGAAGUGGUUUGCAUACUAGUAAAUCAAAACAGAGUACGAUUAACACAUCGUCGCCGCCAAGCGUUAAACCUACGAGAACAUCAGCUCUCAGAGCAUCUCAGAACCAGAGAUCUGCGGCUAGAAACUCUAGAAUUUCGAGUAAAUCACCAAUGAGUUCUUAUUUGAGUCUUAGCAGACCUUUAAGAAAAAUCGAGCGAUCACAAAACAGUUUAGAUAAAGAGAACAUCCCUCAGAAUACUGAUUUAAAAAAUAUUACAACGAUAGAAGUUAACGGAGAACAUAGUAGUACAGAUUCGGACGAUGGAAAACCGAAAUUAUUAGUUAAACAGGGAACGUUUACCAAAGAUAAACCUAGUCAAAACGUUCCACACAUAUCACCGACCAGUCCUAAAAAAGCACAAAACGGCAAUAUAUACAUCAGAUCACACCCGAAUAUUCUUCCGUCUUUAAAAGAUACCAUCAACGAGCAUCCGUCGAUCGAAUGCGAUAAAUCAAACAACAUUAACAACGGUAAAAGUAGUACCAAGAGUCUCACUAAUAGCACCUCUCGUUCUAAAUUUAAUUCCGUUAGAAGAAACAACAAUAACAGUUUUAGAAAACUGAAUAAUUUGAAAUCUUCUCCAAGUGCUCAGAAUCUAGGAAGACAAGUGAACGAGAAGAAAUUUAAUAGUAAAAGAAGUCCUAGCGCCACAAAUUUAUCAACUCGUAGCUUUUCUGCUCUGGGAAGUAGCCAAAGCACCGCGAGCAAUGCAAGCAGCUUAUCGUCUCUGUCCUCUGGAGCAUCCAUAAAGAAGGGUCCAAUCAUCAGAAAGGAUGUUCCGAGCAAAAUCGCCUUCUUAUGGAAGAAGAGUGCGUCUGACGGAUGUACUAGUGAUGGAGAAAGGAGUAAGGGAGUUUUCAUGUCCAAAAUGAAAUCGAGUGAUGGAGAAUCAAACAAAGCAUUCACCAACAGAAGUUUGAGCAUCAGGACAAGAUCGUCUUUCGUGGUAGCCACGUCAUCGUCUGGAGAUGGUCUGAGUCGCAGUUCCACUUAUGACAAACUGUCUCAGGAGAGCAGUCAAAGUGGAAGCGACAAAGAAGCUACCAAGAAACCCGAAGUUUCUCCACCUAUUGUUCCUUCCGACAAAAGACGUCCGACUAGAACGACUCCCAUCAAAGGAAUUGUUCACUGCCAUCAUAGUCAUGAUAUACGUACACCUCCUAUCAAUACGUGGAAGAAGAGCAGAGCGUCUCAAAGACGAUCACUGUUAAAUUCGUCCAUCAAGACGUCAAAACCCGACAAUGCCAGAUUGCGCACGCAAUCCACGGGAAGAAAACACGUGUCUACCGAUUCCGUAGAGACGUCUGAUGAAAACGAGAUCUCUCUCACAAAAGUCAAAGUUUGCGCAACGGGACUCGUCACCUCAGAUAAGACCGAAAACGAGGAUCAUCAGAAUAGUAACGUUUUGAAAUCCGAGGACCAUGUAGACGGGACGGUUUUGACAUCCAAUAUCCCAAAUGUGACGUUGCGUGACGAAGAAGAUGAAGAAGACGACAAAGCGCCAUCAUCCGAAGUGGGAGAGAGUGAAGAAGAAUGCGUAGACAACCAAUCGACCAAUCGCACCGAAGCAUUUGCGGAGACGUCGGACAUUCAAGCGGAACCAACACCGUUUUUGGUGACGACAGUCUGAUCUCUUGUGACGUUUCUAAUUCUUGUACAGAAAAUGUGUCUCAGUUUCGUGUGAUGUAAAUAAUUGAAUAUCUGCCGCAUGGUCUGAAAUUAACGUUAUGGUUUUUUUAGAGUGAAAACGUUUACGUGAGAAACCUGUCUCGAUUGUUACUAUACCGACUUUAUACGUCACGUAUCAUAUUUAAAAUGGUUUCUUUUUUGCAUAAAUAUUUUUAUUCCAUAUUUAUAGAAAUUACCACGAUAUCCGGUGUGCUAAUUCUCCGUACGACAAUUUGUAUCUAGUCAGUUUCAUCAAAAUAACAUUUUUAUCCUUUUUUGAAAAUUUUCUUUUUCUUCUUAUCUUUCUCUUUUCCUUUUUAAGUCGUUCUCCAAAAGCUAGUUGAAAUAUAGUUGGAGAAAUCCCUUUAAUUAAUAUUUAAAAAUUUUCUAGCGAGUUUUUACAUGGUAAUUUCGAAAUUUUGAUCGGUAAUUACCGUGACAAAAGUGUGAAACAGCCAGUAAUGUGGUUCGUUGUAAAAGUGUGCUCUUCUAUAUUCAUAGAAACGAGCGCUACGAUUAAUAAGGAUGACAUGUUAAUAUUUAAUUUUGUUUUUGAUCAAAAAGUAUCGUCCGCGUGACGUAAAAUAGGGUCGAAGGUCGAACAUAUUUGGAAACAAAUAUUGUUCGAACCGAAAAAGUUAAAGAAUGCAAACCAAAUUUCUCAAAUUCUGCGUGAAUAAUUUGUGUAUAAUAUACAAGAGAAAUUAGCAAUCGAUAUCUUGGCAAUUUCGUGAAAUUUAUUUAUAUAUUUAUUUUGCUAUCAAAUUGUAAUCGUGAAAAACUGUAGAAAAAAAAAAGAAACUACUGAAUAGAGUAGUUUAAUUUGAUAUAUCUUACGAUACUGAAUAUUAAAAUUCCCUCUAAAAAUACAUAAUGUAUAUACAUUAUUAAAAAAAAAAUGUAUAAGUUAUUAAUAUUUAAAUUUUGAACAAUAUUUUUAACUGUAUUAUGUAUAGUACUUAACAAUGACUGUAGUUAUAUUCAGGUUGGUGCAAUUUCCAUAUAGGUUAUCCGUCACACUUGAGAAAACACGAAGUGUUAGAACUUAUGGCAUGUCUAGUCAUCUAUUUAUUUUUUAGAAAACAAAUUCUGUAGGGUUUUUGGAUAUAGCCAAAUCAAAGUAGCCAAGACGUUAAUUUUUUCAUAUAUAUAUUUAUACAUUCAUUUUUUUUAAGAGAAAACGCUUCCAAUGCCUCUCGAUUGCAACUGAUUUUUCUGUAUUCUAGACUCUAUUUAAAAUAAAUAAUAUCAGCUUUAUUGAAUUACAAUAUAAGCCUGAUUUACUGGAACAACGUGCAAUUUUAAUUUUGAAAUUAUGUUUUCUUUUUGUUUUUAUAUUUUAAUAUAUACCCCAUAUUUAAUUUUAUGUUCAUGAAAUAUAAAUUGUGCAAUAAACUUUGCUACGUGUGGUCUGUAAAGUAUUGUGUUGUUGUUGUUCUCGAGUAUUCGGAAAAUUCGUCCGAUAUGGAAAAGUAUGUAUAUAAUGUAAAUAAAUUAUGAAAUAAAUAUAAUACUUU